UUUGUUUACACACAGAAGCCAUGGCAAUCAGACUCGAUGGAGAGCGACACUACCAACCAUAAAAUAGCCCACGGACUCGCCUCUCUAGCUCUCUGCUCUUGAUAUUUGCUCUUGAUAAACAUGCUUUGAUAUUUCGCUUGCAUAUUUCAUGUCUUUUCAUAAUGCAGCGCUCAGAGGAAGAGAGGUUUUACGUGAAGUGCAGGGCUGCUUAUCUGUCUGUGUUCAGAUCCAGCUUGGUUAAUAUGACUUCAAAAGAUCAGCUGUGCACCGUACUUCAGCAAUCGGGAACAAAUCCAUCACAGAAAGCUUUAGACAAAUAUUGGCCCCCAGGAACCAAGAAGUUGAAUUUUGAUGACUUUUGUGAAAUACUUAAGAAGGAAAAGCCAGCAGAACCAGACCAGCUUAUGAGAAUUUUCAAGAAAUUUGAUGUAAAUUGUGAUGGAUAUAUCUCACACGAAGAGCUCAGCAGAAUCCUUACUUCAUCAGGUGAAAAAAUGUCACCUAAGGAAGUGGAUGAAAUCUUUUCCUUAGCGGAUGUCAACAAAGAUGGGAAAUUAGACUAUGCAGAGUUCUGCAGGCUUCUUGAGUCUACAGCAGAGAAGUGUCAGACCGCAGCACUGAAGAAGCUUGAGGCCGAUGCCAAACUGAAGAGGCAGAACUUUGGCAACCAGUUGGACAACUCUCCACAGAGCUCAGAGUCCCAACCUGAGCUUCCAGCUUCAGAGACACAGCCCAGAACAGAGCUAGAAACCACACAGAGGAAAGAUAGUCGCUCAUCAUCCAGACCAUCCUCGGCUCGUAGUCGUCGGUCAUCUUUAUCCACAGUCAUCACCAUGGGCGCUUGCAGCACUAAGAGUAGCAGGCUGGUGGAGCCCACAUCUCUACAGGAGUGGCAUCGGACUCUCAUGAGAGGUUGUUUUUAUCUGGAAGAAGAUGGAACGAUUGUUUCUCUUCAGUAUCGCCUGGUUAUACCGGAGACUACCAGCGUGUGUCUGGCCAUACGACCCCUCAACCUUAGCCCUGAGAAGCCUUCGCCGUGGAUGUGUGUGGACACAGCUGUCUAUGUGGUGACGGGGAAUGAGACCAAAGAAGAUUCAAAUUUGGUUUGCUUCACUGAUUUAAGGGAUAAGGAGAGAUUUCUGUGGAGAGGAGAGCUCAGUGCCGGCUCAUAUCUGCUCUUGCCCUUCACCACUGGCUGCAGACUGAUGAAGAGGAUGAGGAAGACUUCCACUAAAGCUGCUCAGCUAGUCAACCGCACCCAGUCUGGAGAGCUGGAGCUAACCAAAGAGUUCAAGGCGGCAUUGUCUGACAUCUUUGAAGUGAUUGAUUUGGACGGCAGCGGUCUGCUGAGUCUAGAGGAGUACAACUUCUUUGAACAGAGAACCAGUGGAGAGAAAUGCGAUGAGGACUCCUGGGCCAUCUGCAAAGAGAACUUCGAAACAAAGAAAAAUGAGUUAACCAGACAAGGUUUCCUGGAGCUCAACCUGAUGGAAGCAAAUGAUCGUGAGGGAGAUCCCAGGGAUUUGUGGCUCACCCUGGAAGCCAUGGGAUACAACCACAGUUUGGAGAUGGUGGAGGCCUGUCCGUUUGUCAUUGAAGUCUACUGUGAAGAUGUCGAGGCAACUCUUCAGGCAGUUCAUUUGGAUUCUGGGAUCAAGAUGUUGAAUUCAGCUGUACAGAGGUCCAUCACGUCAAAAGCAGAAGCCAGAUCUCUUAAAGGUCAUGAGAAUGUCUUGAUUUAUACAUACAAAGGAGAAAGCAGGAUUUCAUCAGUCAUUGCCAAUAAGUCCAAUCAGAAGGUGACGGUGCACAUCAACAGUGAACAAAGCAAGAACUGUGUGAGCAGCAGGGGCAUGAGUGUGUUUGCUGUGGAGGUUCCAGCGAGGACUAAGAUGGUAUGUCAGCACGUCAUGGCUUUAAAUGAUCAACAGGAGUGGACUUACAACUGUGUUGAGACCAUCAUACCAAGUUUGUAAUUGCCUCCGUAACAGAAGGAACUUAUUAUAAGACAACAAAUAAUGUAGCUCUUGUAAAAUAAAUAUGUUUUGUUUAGCUACAAUGACCAUUGUAAAGAUGUUUUAUAAAAGCUUUCAAAAGGUAUCAUGUUUGUUUUGCUGUUUCUGUAAGCAUUAUUGUAUGUUAUUAGUUACAUGCAUGAUAUUGAUGUUUUUUUUAAAUAAAGCAAUUGUUUUCAUU